CUUGGUGAGACUGGAAGGAUGCAGCCAUCCUGUUGUUAUGAAAGGCUUGUGUGCAGAGUGCGGCCAGGACUUGACUCAGAUACGAAGUAAGAAUGGAAAACAGAAUGUGCCAUUAUCCACAGCAACUGUGUCUAUGGUUCACAGUGUCCCAGAACUGAAAGUUAGCUCUGAGCAAGCUGAGCAGCUAGGAAGAGAAGAUCAACAGCGACUACAUAGAAAUCGAAAACUCGUGCUUAUGGUAGAUUUGGACCAGACGUUGAUCCAUACUACAGAACAGCACUGCCAACAAAUGUCUAAUAAGGGAAUAUUUCAUUUCCAGUUAGGUCGAGGUGAGCCUAUGUUGCAUACUCGAUUGCGUCCUCAUUGUAAGGAAUUCCUGGAAAAAAUUGCCAAGCUGUAUGAGUUACAUGUUUUUACUUUUGGCAGCAGACUGUAUGCACAUACUAUUGCAGGAUUUUUGGACCCUGAAAAGAAGCUUUUUUCCCACCGGAUAUUGUCAAGGGAUGAAUGUAUUGAUCCGUUUUCUAAAACUGGGAAUCUUAGAGAUCUCUUCCCAUGUGGGGAUUCCAUGGUUUGCAUCAUUGAUGAUAGAGAGGAUGUUUGGAAGUUUGCACCCAAUUUGAUAACUGUGAAGAAAUAUGUAUACUUUCAGGGUAUAGGAGAUAUUAAUGCACCUCCUGGAUCAAGAGAAAUUCAAAUGAAGAAGAAAGUAAACCACUCUACAAAACCAGAGGCACUGGAUUCAGCCGUGACAUCAGCAAAAGAUGCUGAAGAAAUAAAGAAUGUUACAUGUGUAGAAGAACAAAGCAAUGGUCUCAAGAAAGCUACAACAGACACUUGUACUGCAAAUGGAAGUACUUCUGUAAGCAGUGAAAUAUCUGACUGGGAUAUGAACUCGUGUGAUAAAGUUAAUGCCCAGGACUCUUUAAACGAUAGCACUGAUCACAAAAUGGACAGUGAGGUCACGAAUGAUUUGACAAAUACAAAAGAAUCUCAGACUUUUUCAGAACAAGUUGAUAGAACAGUAUUGGAGAAGCAGCAAACCCCAGGCAAGACAACAAAUGACUUGGACUUUGAACUGUCUAGUGACAGUGAAAGUGACGGUGGAUUGGAUACCAGAAAGUCAUCUGCUUCUGUAUCAGAUAGUGAGAAUGAGGAAAAGAGAAGCUGGAAGAAAUCCGAACAACCUCUGCUGGAUGAAAAUUUGCAGAAAGGGAGUUGCACUGAUGUGAGUGAGAAAAAGGAUGAUCUGGUGAACCAUUCUGGGGACACGCAAUCUCUACCUAGUGCAAAUAUUCAUGACAAAACUGAUCUUGAAGCACAAGAAGAAAGUGAACAGGAAAGCCUUUGUGAUUUAGGAAAUGGGUGUGCAGACAAGAAAGAAGCUGAAACAGAGUCUCAGAAUAGUGAACAGUCUGGAAUUACAAUGGGUGAGUCCUUAGACCAGAGCAUGGAAGAAGAAGAGGAGGAGGAUGAUACUGAUGAUGAUGACCAUUUAAUAUACCUCGAAGAAAUCCUUGUGCGGGUUCACACUGAUUAUUACACAAAGUAUGAUAAAUACCUGAAAAAAGAGAUUGAGGAAAUUCCAGACAUCAGAAAAAUAGUACCAGAACUGAAAAGUAAAGUGUUGGCAGAUGUAACCAUAAUAUUUAGUGGACUCUACCCAACAAACUUCCCCAUUGAGAAAACACGGGAACACUAUCAUGCCACAGCACUUGGAGCUAAAAUUGUGAAGAAUUUAGUACUGAGUGCUGAUGAUCCUGACAAAGCAACACACCUCAUUGCAGCAAGGACAGGCACAGAAAAAGUGCGGCAAGCUCAGGACUGCAAGGACCUCCAUGUUGUAAACCCUGAUUGGCUUUGGAGCUGCCUGGAGCGCUGGGACAAGGUUGAGGAACAGAUCUUUCCCUUGAAGGAUGACUACAUCAAAACACACAGAGAGAAUAGCCCUGCCACGUUUCCUGAUACACACAGCACAUUUCAGACAGCUCUGUUUCACCCAACACCCAUUCAUCCAAAGUCUCAACCUGGUCCUGAAGUUCGACUUUAUGAUCCUAACACUGGAAAGCUAAUCAGGAAAGGUGCUCAGACCUCUGGCCAGUCAAUGUACAUCCAGUCUCCAGCUCCUCCAAUCACCUUACCAGUCCACGGUGAACACUCAUCCUUCAGAGUUGUUCAACCACAUCAGCAGCAGAUGUUUGAAGAAGACCUACCAGCAAGUGAAAAUGAAGAGCAGCCUGGUCCAUCUAAGCGAAAACGCCAGCCAAGUAUGUCUGAGACAAUGCCCCUGUACACCCUGUGUAAAGAGGAUUUAGAGAGUAUGGAUAAAGAGGUGGAUGACAUCUUAGGUGAAGGCAGUGAUGAAAGUGAUAGCGAAAAAAAAAAGCCAGAAGAGAAAGGUCAAAAACCUCAGAUUAGUGCAACAGAGACUCUAGGAAUGAAAACAAAUCAGAGACCUGGAUCAUCAUCAUCGUCGUCGUCAUCAUCAAGUGAAAGAAGCUUAACAGGCAGUGUACCCAG